GCGCUCUGGGUGCUGUUUUGUGUGUAAGGUGCGCUCUGGGUGCUGUUUUGAGUGUGAGUGAGGCGCGCUCUGAGUGUGUUUUCUGUGAGUGUGAAGCGUGAAGCACAGUGACAGUGACGGUUGAUGUGUUUGAAUAGGAGGACACUAGAGCAAAGACACAUUUUAGGAUCAAAGGUUGAUGUCUAGUGUACCUGUGGAAAAUAAUUUUGUCCUAGGUGUGGCGACCCUCCUGUUCGUGGAUGCGCGGGCAGGCCCGGCGGCGUCCGGAUGCCGAGGUGGUGACUUGGGGAGGUGAGGACCCCCGCAUAGCUACAGAAUAACACUGGAACGACCGUGUAACCACGGGUUCACAUUUAUUCUGGACUAGAACAAGACACAUUUUGCGAACAAAGGUUGAGUCUAGAUUAGUAAAGAAAUAAAAAGGUUAAAUUCCUCGUUUCAGUGGUUGAAAUUGUUGUGUGCCUGUCCCCUGACGAGUGUGAAAUUAAAAUAAAGAGGGAAUUUGGAGCCACAUAGAGAUAGACGGGCAUAAUUGGGUGUAUAACUCUGUGGUGUAAACAUUUAAAAAAGUAAUAGAAGUGUGUGGUGGUGUGAAUAUGUCGGGUCUUAAACCUGACGUAGAAAGAGGAGAAAUGCAGGGUGAGUGGAAAACUUUUGACGAGCAGGUGAAGGAGUUGUUGCGGGCGCUGAGGGUCAUGCGACCUGGCAGCGCGUGUGAGAAAAAAUCAAAGGCUGCAGCUGUGGCAGCAAAAGUCAAAGAGUUGAGUGAUAAGGAAGGAGUGAGAGGAGAAUCAAGAGGUUCAUUGGCAAAAUUGCUUCUGGGAAUAGCACAGAAGCUCCAGGAAGAAGAGCAGGAGAUUAGUACACAGUUAGAGGAGGCCUCUUUGUGGACAAGGCGGAGGAUUAAAAAACAGUUGCAGGAGGUGCAGGAGGAGAAAGCCCGCGUAACAAGGUGGGCUGUGACAUGCCAGGGGGUGGAGCACUGGAUGAGGGAGAGAAGGGAGGAGCCUGAGAAGCUGAUGCUGCCGGCUUCUCCGGUGAAGUCAUCGCUCACUGGCUUUCCUCCUCCCUAUCAGGCCCCCGCCCCCCUUUACCCUGUGCUGAGGGUGGAGCAGGGCUGUCUCUCUGGUGAGAAUGGCCAAGUCUUAGAAGUUACAGGAGGCUAUGUAGAUUGUGAUAUAUCUAAAGAGCCCAAACGACCUACUCCAGCCCCGAAGAGUGAAAGAAUAAAACAAAGCUCCACUUUUGUUAAUGAGGAGGGAGCUUGUGGCGGAGUGCAGUCACCGCCCAUGAAACAGUCUCCCCAGCAGGUAGAGACUGAAGAAGAGCGGGCUGUGCGGCUGCUUGAAACAGCUAUAAUAACUCUAGAGCAGCGUCAUCAAAUUUCUGAUGAGGAGGCAGGAAGUGGAGUAGUUGUUGCACCACAGGUUGAGAAAGGUGAGGUGUGCGGGCCUGAUGGGGACGCAUACGAGGGCUGGUUAUCCGGCACACUGGAUGAUAAUACGCCAGUAAGUGUCUGGGAAAAGCAGAAAUUAGAUGCAGGGCCGGAGCUAGAAGGGGCCUUUCAGAAUGGAGUAGCUAGAGAAAAAUGCAGGAAGAGGCAGAGUAGUCAAGCCCAAACC